UCCAUUGAGUUUUUUCCGAUGGAUCAUUUGCCUGAAGGUUGCGUAUCAAAAAUUCUCUCUCUAACAUCGCCGAAAGAUGCAGCUAGGUCUUCAGCUGUCGCGAAAAAAUUCAUGUCAGCCGCAGAAUGUGACAACGUCUGGGAGGCUUUUAUUCCAUCUGAUUAUCUACAAGCUAUUUCUAGAUCAGGAAAUUUGAUGGGGUUUCCUUCCAAAAAGCAACUCUACUUCAGUCUCUGCGACACUUCGAUUCUCCUCGAUGGAGGAAAAUUGAGCCUUUCGGUGGAUAAGAACACGGGGGGUAAAUGUCUUAUGAUCGCAGCACGAAAGCUUGGAAUUAUAUGGGGUGGUACACCAGCAUAUUGGGAAUGGUUGUCUCACCCGGAUGCCAGAUUCUCUGAAGUAGCUAAACUUAAGAGCAUCAGUUGGCUUGAUAUCCGAGGAAAAAUUGGAACUCGGAUGCUCUCAAAAAGAACCAGUUAUUGCGCUUAUCUGGUGUUCAAGCUGGAAGAUCGGUUUUAUGGCCUUACAAAUGUCAAGGCAGUUGUUAGAUUUGCUGAUAGAGAGAGUGACCAUGAUGUAAGGGAACGAGCUAAAGUUGUUCAUUUUUCUGGAGAAGGCUCUGGAGCAACGCUACCCUUGAUUAGAAGUGAUGGAUGGAUGGAAUUGAAAAUGGGAAACUUUUUCAAUGAUAGGGGAGAAGAUGGAGCUGUUGAAGCACGAUUGAUGCAAACAAGGCAAACUUGGAAACACGGCCUCAUUGUACAAGGAAUUGAAUUUCGUCCAGAAUGAAGAAGAAAAGGAUCCUCCUCUAUGCCUUUCAUUUUGGUCUUUUUUAGACUCAUUUGCCUUUGAAUAUUUCUUAUAUGGUAUUUCCUGAGGAACUUAUCGAGAGAGAACUGUAUUUGGUUAGAUAAUGUGUGAAUGAUAAACAAGAAUUAGAUUUUUUUUUUCUUAAAUUUCUGGAUGAUUAUGAAGAUACUAUGUCGAGAUAUGUUUCCCCGCCAGCUUGCUUCUCUGAAAAGGAGCUUUAAUUUAGUCUUUGUGACUCUUAUGUUGUAAUUGAUGGAGUUAACUAAUAUGCAUUCCAUUCCAAUCUACACAUGUUUUGAAACUUUGUCAAACAUAUUUUAUGGUAUGGAAUGGGGCCUAAAACACAAUCACACGCAGAGGCGCGAGUAAGGGGUUGAAGCUUAGUGCUUGUUGAGUUACUCAUAUUCGAAAUAAAUAAUUUGUUUGUAUCAGUUUAUUAUUACAUAAUAAACCUAGAAAGGUAAAACAAAUGUGAGAUGGUUUGGUCA